AACCCCGCUCCUCAGUUCAUAAGCGGAAAACUGAAACUCUUAAAAAACUCCCAAAGCUACGCUCUUUCUCCUUCUCUCCAGCUUCAUCCAUCUCCAGAAACCAAGCGAAGAUGUCACUGAGAGUGUUGAAUCCAAAUGCAGAAGUGCUGAACAAAUCUGCAGCACUUCACAUGAAUAUCAAUGCCGCCAAGGGCUUGCAAGAUGUUCUCAAGACCAACCUCGGCCCCAAAGGCACCAUCAAGAUGCUUGUUGGCGGAGCCGGCGAUAUCAAACUCACCAAGGAUGGCAACACUCUCUUGAAAGAGAUGCAAAUUCAAAACCCAACUGCAAUUAUGAUAGCAAGGACAGCUGUUGCCCAAGAUGAUACAAGUGGAGAUGGUACAACCUCUACAGUGCUCUUUAUUGGCGAGCUUAUGAAACAAUCAGAACGCUACAUUGAUGAAGGGAUGCAUCCACGUGUUCUGGUUGAUGGGUUUGAGAUUGCAAAAAGAGCUACCCUCCAGUUCCUUGAAAAAUUUAAAACUCCUGUGGUAAUGGGUGAUGAGCCUGAUAAAGAGAUUCUAAAAAUGGUAGCAAGAACAACCCUGAGAACAAAGUUAUACGAGGCAAUGGCAGAUCAAUUGACUGACAUAGUUGUUAAUGCGGUGCUUUGCAUCCGCAAGCCUGAGGAAGGCAUUGAUUUAUUCAUGGUGGAGAUUAUGCACAUGCGCCAUAAGUUUGAUGUGGACACACGUUUGGUUGAAGGUCUUGUCCUUGAUCAUGGUUCAAGACAUCCUGAUAUGAAGCGACGUGCUGAGAAUUGUUACAUCUUGACAAGUAAUGUAUCUUUGGAGUAUGAUAAAAGUGAAAUAAAUGCAGGUUUUUUCUACUCAAGUGCAGAACAGAGAGAAGCCAUGGUUGCAGCUGAAAGACGUCAGGUUGAUGAAAGAGUGAAAAAAAUAAUAGAACUAAAGAACAAGGUUUGUUCUGGUAAUGAUAACAACUUUGUUGUUAUAAAUCAAAAAGGAAUUGAUCCUCCUUCACUGGAUCUUCUUGCAAGAGCAGGGAUAAUUGCACUCCGAAGAGCUAAGAGGAGAAAUAUGGAGCGUUUGGUUUUGGCUUGUGGAGGAGAGGCUGUAAAUUCUGUUGAUGAUUUGACUCCUGAUUGCCUUGGUUGGGCUGGACUUGUUUAUGAGCACAUCCUUGGUGAGGAGAAGUAUACUUUUGUGGAAAAUGUGAAGAAUCCUCACUCGUGUACAAUCUUAAUUAAAGGACCUAACGACCACACAAUUGCCCAAAUUAAGGAUGCUGUUCGUGAUGGCCUGAGAUCUGUCAAGAACACUAUGGAAGACGAAUCUGUUGUCUUGGGGGCAGGGGCUUUUGAGGUUGCAGCCAGGCAAUACCUAGUCAAUGAAGUGAAGAAAACUGUUCAAGGGCGUGCACAACUUGGUGUUGAAGCUUUUGCUGAUGCCCUUUUAGUGGUGCCUAAAACACUUGCAGAAAACUCUGGGCUUGACACUCAAGAUGUGAUCAUCGCUCUUACGGGAGAGCAUGACCGAGGCAAUAUCGUGGGACUAAACCAGCACACAGGAGAACCGAUUGACCCCCAUAUGGAGGGCAUCUUUGACAACUACUCUGUGAAGCGCCAAAUCAUAAAUUCAGGGCCAGUAAUUGCAUCUCAGUUGUUGUUGGUAGAUGAGGUAAUUCGUGCUGGACGGAACAUGCGGAAGCCAAAUUAAAUAUUUGUAAUUGGAGGACGGUUGUGUAGUAGGUCCCUUUUUUUUGCUACUGGAUGGAAUUUUUGUUGUGAAACAACUAUUUUAGUGGUUAUACACAUCUGGUGUGAUUGAAUUUUCCACAUUAUUAGUUCGAUAUGCAGUCUGAAGGGUGUCUGCCCAUUUAUUGGGUUUGAUGGUCGUGUUAUAACCCUUCUUCGGCCAAAAUUGAUCGUGAAGUGGAGGUUCCAAGCUGGUUUGCGUUAUGGGUUUCCAAUGAGAUGGGUUUGAAUGCUAAAUCAAGCCUAAUCCUAAUUGAAGAGCUUCUGUCAAUUUUAUGUUUGGGAGACAAUAACUUUUUAACAAUAGGCGAUGAGGCGCCUUUUGUAUCUGGAUUGUGAAAAUCUCUUGAUGUUAUUGUUACAAUUUCACCU